GCCGAUCACAAUCAAGAGCUUUCCGAUCACACGUCCUUCCGCUCCCGUAACUGCGAACGCUAUUCGAUUUAUCCAACAAGCCAAGUAAUCAAUUCUCAAUUGUCGUCAGUGUUCAGCUCAAACAAUUUCAGUGUGAUAAUUAGCAAAUCGCCUAGCAACUGCGAUCAAAAUCGCAUUUUUCCCACUUGUUGCUUGGCAACUUGCUUCAGCAGCUAUUACAGACAUUCAGAUCGAACAAAAUUUCAGCAACUCGCUUUCCACUUGUGAGCAAGAUACCUAUACUUCUCAGCAGGCAUGGGUCGCUCUCCUGACUCGAGGUCUUCCCACCGACGGCGGGGGCGAUCACGUGACUCCCAUUCGCCCGCCACUAGCCGCUCCAAGCAUAAGUCACGUGCUCGCCGCUCGACGUCGACCAGUCCGGCGCGCCGUUCGGACGACCGGCGUCGGGCGCGACGAUCGGGCUCCACCAGUCCCCGCCGCCACCGCCGAGACUCUCCCGCGCGCCGGUCUCGGGACAGGGACGGCUCGCGCGCCGACAGGGGAGCGGGCCGGGCGCGGGGUGGCGGCAGGGGCCGCUCGCCCGACCGGCGGCGCUCGCCAUUACCAGACAAAACCAAACGGCAUGACAGGAAGAAGGAGAAAAAGAGCAAGAAGUCGAGAAAAAGGUCCUCCUCGAGCAGCAGCAGCAGCAGCAGCUCCAGCUCCGCGUCCAGCCGGUCGGCCAGUCCUGGCGCUCUGCUCGCCCGCCUGGAGGAGGAGCGCGCGCGCAAAAAGGCCGAGCGGCGCGCCCAGAAGGAGGCGAUGAAGGCGGCCGAGACGCCGGCCCAGAAGCGGCAGCGGCGCCUGCAGAAGCGGGCCGAGAAGGAGAGGCGGCGCAAGGAGCGCAUGGGCUGGGACCAGGAGUACCUGCACUACACCAACGAGGACAACCCGUUCGGCGACAGCAACCUGCUCGAGACGUUCAGGUGGGGCAAGAAGCUGGAGAAGGAGGGGCUGGCCGACGUCGACAACGACGAGCUCGAGAAGAUGAACAGGAAGAAGAUGGAGGAGAACAAACGGGAGCUGGAAAAGGUGAAGGCUCGCCGUCUGGAGCGAGAGCGAGAGCGGGCCGAGCGCGAGCAGGAGAUGGCCCUCAUGCAGAGCAAGCAGGAGGCGGAGCAGUUCCGAGAGUGGGAGAAACAGGAGGACCAGUUCCACCUGCGACAGUGCAGCCUGCGCUCCAAAAUCCGCAUCCAGGAGGGACGAGCGAAGCCGAUCGACCUUCUGGCCAAGUACAUCAGUCCGGCGGAGGAGCUGGACGCCGUGGAGGUGCACGAGCCGUACACCUACCUGGUGGGUCUGUCGAUCGCCGACCUGGAGGAUCUGCAGGAGGACAUCCGGGUGUACGGCGAGCUGGAGCGCGGCGAGAACAAGGACUUCUGGAGCGACGUCACCGUCAUCGUCGAGGACGAGCUGCUCAAGCUGAAGAAGCUGGACCAGCAGGCUCGCCAGGAGGCAGCGGUGGGCCGCCGUGACGGUAUCCACGACUCUGUCGUACACGACGUGACGGACGUGUUUCGCGGUAAGACGGCCGAGCAGCUGGCGGCGCUGCAGACCCAGAUCGAGACCAAGCUGAAGAACACCUUGGAGGGAGUGGACGUCGGCUACUGGGAGUCGCUGCUCACACAGCUCAAAGCCCACCUGGCGCGUGCGCGGCUGCGGGACCGGCACCAGGCCCACCUGCGGGAGAAGCUGCGCCUUCUGAAGGAGACCCAGGGCGUCGGACAGUCGGCUGAUCGGGACGCGGCCGCCGACGGCUCCGACGGGGAGGUGGCCGACGCCUUCAAACGGCCGUCGGCGGUCUCUGGCGGUAUCGAGGAGGCCGAGGACGACCUCGUGACGGCGUGUCUACGGGAGUACGUCAGCGGCCGGUACAGUCCGGCGCUGCUGCAGCCCGAUCAGCUCGAGCCGGGCACCCUGGUGGCCGACCCGAACGAGGACGAGCAGAGGCUGCAGUACGCGCGAGGCGUGGUCCAGAACCACGGCAAAGAGGUGGAGUCGGCGGCCACUGCCGAGGAGAAGGCCCUCCAGCAGGAGGCCAAGAAGGGCAUGGGCUCGGACGAGGCGCGCUUCUCUGUGGAGACGGACCUGGGCCAGCAGACUCACCUGUGGUCGGACAAGUACCGGCCCAGGAAGCCGCGCUACUUCAACAGGGUACAUACCGGCUUCGAGUGGAACAAGUACAACCAGACUCAUUACGACAUGGACAACCCGCCGCCUAAGAUCGUGCAGGGCUACAAGUUCAACAUCUUCUACCCGGACCUCAUCGACAAGACCAAGACGCCCGAAUACACUCUGACUGUAUGUCCGGACAACAAGGACUUUUCGAUCCUACGCUUCCACGUGGGGCCGCCCUACGAGGACAUCGCCUUCAAGAUCGUCAGUCGAGAGUGGGAGUACUCGUACCGGCGCGGCUUCCGCUGCCAGUUCCACAACAACAUCUUCCAGCUGUGGUUCCACUUCAAGCGCUACCGCUACCGGCGCUGAGCAGAGACGUCUGUGGGACUCUGCGCGAAAUUGUGGAGUCGGUCGUUCUCGACUGGCGGAGGGCGGGUCCUCGGAGGGUUGGAACUUUCGUCAGCGCUGGCUGUACCGAUUCUCGAUUGGAUUUUCUAUUGUCAUGUAGGUACCGGCAUCACUGUAUGCAUGUUUGGCGUUCAUCGGUACUAAGCGAAGUGCCGAUACCACGCGUGGGUCGUUGUUUCGUGCUUGUAUAGUGUGGCAACGUUCAUUGUACAGGUGUCCAUACUGUUGACUGAAUAUGAUGCGAUGAAUAUGAA